AUGGCCUUCAUCACUGUUGCCAUUGCUCUUUUCUUGCUGGUGGCUCUUCUGGGCCUGUGGGAACUGAGCACAGGGUCCGCAGGGCUUGAGGCCACCUAUGCAGGGGUAAAUGACUCAGGGGAAUCAGGACUGCUGCAGACACAAGCCGGAAGCCCAGCAGCCAGGCCUCCCUUGGCUAUCCCCAUCCAUGGAGCUGCUGGCGCCUUCCCAGCUUGCCUAGCCUCACUGGAUUCUGCUCCUCAUAAGCAGAGAAGUCAGCCCUUGGCAGCCCUGACCAAAGACUGGUUCUCAGCAUCUCUCCACCGGGAGCUGUACGAGUCAGCGCGCAUCUGCGGGGCGCUGAGCGUGGUCCUGCCUGCCCUGAUGCUGCGCCGCCUGCGGAGAGGGAGCCUGUCCGUACGCUCACUCUUGCCUGGGCCACCGCUGCAGCCUCCCCCACCCGCCCCUGUGCUCCUAUACGACCAGGGUAGUGGCCGAUCCAGGCAUGGAGAAGCAGAGGCCGAAGCCCCAGAGUGGGAAGCUGACUCGGUGCUGGGCAUUCUGCUCCAGAAGCUGCGGGAAGAAGGCUACCUGUCCUACUACCUACAGGGUGGUUUCAGCAAAUUCCAGGCCGAGUGUCCUCACCUUUGUGAAACCAGCUUCAGUGGUUGUGCUGGAUCAAGCCUGGCCGCAUUGCCUAGCCCAGUGCCUGUGGUGGGGCUAGGUGGCCUGUGCUUGGGCUCUGAUACCUCUGAUGCAGAGUCUGAGGCCGACCGUGACUCCAUGAGCUGUGGCCUAGAUUCGGAGAGUACCACAUCCCCUCCAGCUGGGCUGCUACCACCGUUCCCAGUCCAGAUCCUGCCCAAUCUCUACCUAGGCAGUGCCCGAGAUUCAGCCAACUUAGAGAGCCUAGCCAAGCUUGGCAUCCGCUAUAUUCUCAAUGUCACCCCCAACCUACCUAACCUCUUUGAGAAGAAUGGUGACUUCCACUACAAGCAAAUCCCCAUCUCUGACCACUGGAGCCAGAAUCUGUCCCAGUUCUUUCCAGAGGCCAUUGCAUUCAUUGAUGAGGCCUUGUCCCAGAACUGUGGGGUGCUCGUCCACUGCCUGGCAGGAGUCAGCCGCUCUGUCACUGUCACCGUGGCCUACCUCAUGCAGAAGCUCCACCUCUCACUCAAUGAUGCCUACGACUUGGUCAAGCGGAAGAAGUCUAACAUCUCGCCCAACUUCAACUUCAUGGGCCAGCUGCUAGACUUUGAGCGAAGCCUGCGCCUGGAGGAGAGGCGCUCUGGGGGACAGGGCAGUGGGGGACCAGAGUCCACUGUCUCAGACCCACCUUCUUUCUUUACUACCCCUACCAGCGAUGGGGUCUUUGAGCUGGACCCCACAUAA